UUACCUCAGAUCAGCGCUCAGUCUGAGAGAAGUCUGCGUGAGGAGUAGUGGAUGCAGUAAUACCUGAAGCUGGGAAUGCGGUGAUGGAUUAAUAUGACCCGGUUUCACACAGGAAAAAGUGGAUUAUGGCUCAAAAAACGCAUCGUGGAAUUUGCUUCUCCAGAAUGGGAUUUUACCGAGUCACAUUGAGAGGAACUUGAGGAUUAAGAGGUGUUCAGACCUGGAGGAGAAUCAGCACAGUUUAAUCUGUCCAUGAAGUAAAUAAGAAACUUUUGUUGUCUCACUGAAGCCUCGCUGUGUUUUAGCAGGAGCUGCAUGUCCUGGCAGCAGUGAGCUUUAACAGUGAGAAUGGCGAAAAUCUGCACUGCAGAGUCGUACCCGUCCCGUCACAGGGUAUCAGUUCGAGCCUCAGACGAUGAAGUGGACCAAACUGAUUACGGUGACAACAGGGCACCGUCCAUAUGUGACGACACUGCCUCUGAAAUGCAGGGGGUCAAUUCCACAGCAACAAGUCAGCAGCUGCAGGAGUCUCGGAGAAGCUCGUUUACAGGUGCUGGGGCCAUGGCCAGGCUCUCCCAUUUCCUGUUCAUGCUGCGGAACUGGGCAACACAUAGGCUGCAGCGUGAGGUCGAGCGGCCCGACUCCUUCCUGGAGCGAUUCCGUGGGCCUGAGCUCAAAGACAUUUCCAGCCGGGGCAGCUAUGCCCGCUCCUCCAUAGGGCACCCUGACAGACCUCAUAAGAGGAAAAAAAGCAGUCAGUGGCCUCUAGCAGUGUACAAUAUGAACAACUGCAACAACACAGACGACAAAAAAGAGGACAAAGCGAAAGAUGAGAAAAAAGAGGAGGAGAAAAAAGAUGGAGACAAGAAAGAUGAGAAGAAGGAUGAAAAUAAAGAUGAGAAAAAAGAUGAAAAGAAGGACGAUAAAAAGGACGAAAAGAAGGAUGAUAAGAAGGACGAUAAGAAGGAUAAAAAGGAUGAUAAAAAGAAAGAAGAGCCUCCGAAAGAGGUCUGGAUCAUGGACCCAGCCACAGACAAGUAUUACCAUUGGCUCACAAUAAUAGCAGCACCAGUGUUUUACAACCUGAUGAUGAUCGUAACGAGGGCCUGUUUCAAUGAGCUACAGAACACCUACACAAUCCUGUGGAUCAUCCUGGACUACACUUCAGAUGUAAUCUACUACACAGACACAUUUGUAAGAUCAAGAACAGGGUUCUUGGAGCAAGGCCUGCUGGUUAAGGACGGCACGAAGCUAAUGGGGCACUAUAGGCAAACCUCGCAGUUCAAAUAUGACAUGUUGUCAAUGAUUCCCACUGAUUUUUUAAUGCUGAAGGUGGGAUACAACAACCCGGAACUGAGGUUCAAUCGUCUGUUUAAAAUGGCGCGCCUCUUCGAGUUCUUUGACCGCACAGAGACCAGAACAAACUACCCCAACAUCUUCCGUAUCAGCAACCUCGUACUUUACAUCUUGAUCAUUAUCCACUGGAACGCCUGCAUCUUCUUUGCGAUUUCCAAAACGAUCGGCUUCGGCACAGACACUUGGGUCUACCCCAACAUUAGCCAUCCUGAAUACGGACGCCUAGCUCGAAAAUACAUCUACUGUUUGUAUUGGUCCACUCUUACACUCACCACUAUUGGAGAAACCCCUCCUCCUGUCAAAGAUGUAGAGUAUCUGUUUGUAGUUGCUGACUUCCUCAUUGGAGUGCUUAUUUUUGCUACUAUUGUCGGUAAUGUCGGUGCCAUGAUCUCCAACAUGAACGCCUCACGUGCUGAGUUCCAAGCCAAGAUUGACUCCAUCAAGCAGUACAUGCAGUUCCGUAAGGUCUCCAAAGAUCUGGAGGCCAGGGUGAUCAAGUGGUUCGAUUACCUCUGGACAGAAAAAAAGACCUGUGACGAGAAGGAGGUGUUGAAGAACCUUCCAGACAAGCUCAAAGCCGAGAUUGCCAUCAACGUCCAUCUGGAUACACUGAAGAAGGUGCGGAUCUUCCAGGAUUGCGAAGCUGGACUGCUGAUCGAGUUGGUGCUCAAACUGCAGCCUCAGGUUUUCAGCCCAGGGGAUUACAUUUGUAAAAAGGGCGACAUCGGAAGAGAAAUGUACAUCAUCAAGGAAGGAAAGCUGGCUGUGGUGGCUGAUGACGGAGUCACUCAGUUUGUGGUGCUCAGUGAUGGAGCAUACUUUGGAGAAAUCAGUAUCCUCGGUAUCAAAGGCAGUAAAGCUGGGAACAGGCGGACAGCCAACAUCCGAAGUGUGGGCUACUCUGACCUUUUCGCCCUCUCUAAAGAUGACCUAAUGGAGGCACUUACAGAGUACCCCGAGGCCAAGAAGGCCCUGGAGGAGAAAGGAAAAGCCAUCUUGAUGAAGGACAACUUGAUCGAUGAAGCCGUGGCCAACGCAGGGGCAGAUCCCAAAGACCUGGAGGAAAAAAUUGUGAAACUGGAGAGCAAUCUAGAUGUCAUGACCACCAAGUUUGGUAGACUCAUGGCAGAGUACACAUCCUACCAAGCCAAGAUCAAGCAAAGGCUUACUAACAUGGAGAGCAAAGUAAAAUCACUUCGGCCAGAAGACCUGUCUGAAGUCGUCGCGGACAAAAAGGAAGAAGAGAAGAAAAAAUAGUUCCAAACUGAUCAAAAUGUGAAUAGAUACAACAUAGACAAUGGGGUAAAGGGUUUUUGUUAAUAUGUACAUACGUUCAAACAUAGGCAGAACACUACUUUUAAACUGUUUCUACACGUUGUUUAUAUGUUUUGAAUAUGUGAGUUUGUACAACUUACCAAAAAUGUUAUGCAUCAUGAAGCAUAAGUGUUUUUUUAAAGAGUAUGGCCCAUUUAAAGUAAGCUCCAGAAAAUGUGCAUAAAGUAUAUCCUUAUAUCACUGUAAACAGGUUUAUUAUUAUAUGCUGUAUCCAUUCUUUUUGUACCUAUGAACAGACUGAGACAGUAUGCUGCAUGACCCAGUUUGUCCACUUAUUUGUCCUUCAGAGUGUGAGAUACUUUGUGGUUCACAAGUUUAAAACAUGUCUUUUUUUAUUUGAUGGGACAAUUUAGAAUUAUUUUCAGAUUUUUUUUUGGCAAGCAUUAAACACUGUCCCUGUUAUUGCAGUGUUUUAUCAAUACAAUAACCAGUUUACCCUGUGUUAUCUGAAAAAAGUGUUGAUUGAAUAUCAUUGAUAUUUUAUUUUAGUGGACUUGUUCUUGCUGUUACUUAAUCAGUGGCAUUGACAGUGUUACUCUUAAAGCAUGCUCUGUCAGCCUGGCUAGAACUUCAUAAUUCCAAAAACUAUUCUUAUUUAUAAUAUUAUUUUUUAAAAAGAUGCCAUGUCCUUAGAAGCAUUACACAUGUAUAGCCUCUAAAUACAAACAUCUUAACAUAUAAUGUAAUAAAAUUUUCUAAAAUAA